UGUCUGUGUGUCAGCCAGUACUCCUGCUUGUCUCGCUCCACGAGAUGAGUUAAAUCACAGGCAGACAGUGGCACUCUCUGGUUGUCUCCCUGUGUCUCUCUGUUCGUUCAGCUCUGAAAGCAUCACAUAGCCUCCUGGUUCCACAGCUGCAGGACGUGCUGAGGCCCUCGCCCAAGGCCUGUAUCAAUCCUCACAGACACACCCCCUGCUGACACAGUCCCCUGCUUUAAGGCAUUACAAAAAAGAGGGGAAAUGCAGAAUCAAACAGAAGGGAUAAACCUGACAUGUGGCCUGUCUGGGAGUCACGAAUUCAUCUUCACCCUGGUGCCCAUCGUCUAUGUCUUCAACUUCAUCAUCGGGAUUAUUGGUAACAGCAUGGUGGUGGCAGUCAUUUACUGCUACAUGAAACUCAAAGCCGUGGCCAACAUUUUCGUACUGAAUCUUGCUGUGUCUGAUCUCACCUUCCUCAUCACCCUGCCCAUGUGGGCAACCUUCGCUGCCACGGGCUACCACUGGCCUUUUGGAGGGUUUAUGUGCAAGACAGCUGCCGGACUGGUUAUGUUUAACCUCUACACCAGUAUCUUUUUCCUCACAGCUCUCAGCAUCGACCGAUAUCUGGCCAUUGUGCAUCCUGUGCGGUCACGGCGUUUCCGCACUGUGAUGUAUGCACGGAUCACUUGUGUGAUCAUCUGGUUGUUUGCCUUUGUGCUCAGUGUUCCAGUAGCCUUAACAAGGGAUGUCCACUACAUUAGUAACUCUAAAACUACUGUUUGUGGUAUUCUGCACCCAACUGAAGAAAACUCCAAAAGAUUGGAUGACCUCCUUCUGGGCAUAAGUAUCAUGAAAAGUCUACUGGGGUUCCUGAUACCAUUUAUCAUUAUCAUCAGCUGCUACUGCCUGAUUGGACGGGCCCUGCUCAGGGUUAACCACAUUCAGAAAAGCUCCUGCUCCCGAGAUGAUGAGGUGCUGCACAUGCUUGCGGCAGCUGUCCUGGCUUUCUUUCUGUGUUGGGCACCCCAUCAGGUGUUCCACUUUAUGCAGAUGCUCACGCAGCUCAGAGAGACACACGACUGCACCAUGCUUAACAUCAUUGACACUGCCAUGCCAUUCACAAUUUGCAUUGCCUACUUCAACAGUUGUGUCAACCCCAUUGUGUACAGUUUUGUGGGGCGCAACUUUCGCAAGAACCUACUGAGACUGCUUCACUGCUCUCCGGGUGGCAUUGCAAGGCCUCACCCAAGCAUUAGCUCCAGGAUGAGUGCUCUGUCUUUUCGGGCCUCUGAAGCCCUGAGCCUUACAGUCAAAAGCAACGUUUCCUGUGACGUCAAAUGACAAAAAAGGCCAAAGACAGAGAAGGUGUACAGUCGCUCUGCCCUUGUAUUUGGACUACAGUAAAGGGGUUGAAAGUGGAGAUGUCCAAAGCUUUAAAAAAUCUGUUAUAAAAUAUGAGCAGUGAAAUAUUUAGAAGGAAGAGACCAAAAGACAAUCAUUACCUUAUAUUGAACAGUUUUGCUUUACAUGUUAUCUUGUUCACUUUUUGUAAACCCUACUUUUUAAAUACAUCUAAGCGAGUUCAUUUAUGGUAGCCCAACACAAAAGAGUGCAUGUCUGUGAAGUGUAGACAUAUUUUGAAUAUUGGAUAAUUGUGUUGUGAAUUAUGAUUUCAGCCCACUGAGUCAAUAUUAAGUGGAACUAAAUUUGCUGAAACAGAGCAUGAUGCUGCCAAAGCAGUGUUAGAUUGUGGAGAAAGGUGUGUCCAUUGGGUUAGUUUCCAUAAAUAUUCAUUUGCAUUCUAACCAAGAAAUAUUGGUGUAUGUUAUUGCAAAAUAUUUACCUUUUUCAGAGGGUCUACAAAUUGACUUUUUAGUGUUUUUAGGCCAACAGUGUCUUACUAUAUUCUCACACUUGAAAUAUACAUCUCUCCAGCUGCUAUAAAUCAUCCACCAGUGUUUUAUUUUUCCUGCCUCUUGGCUUCAAAUAAUGUAAUCGACAGGAUUCUCAAGAGAUUAAAAGCUGGGGAUAGUAUUUUAUAACCUUACCUAUCCCUCCUCAAAACUCCACAUCUUAUUUUCUGACCUCUCUGCUUUGUUCUUUAGUCUUUAUGUUUCUUUACUAAUGGUCUUUCGGCAGAAUUCAAAUUGAUGUUAAAUAAUGCACAAAAAGGACUGCAUUUAAUCAUUAAGGGUCUUCUGAUAUUUGCAUUGGAUUUAGAUUAGGGGAACAGAGUAAAAAGGGCUGAACACAUAUGACCAUCACAUUAUUUUUAUGCCACUUUACAGGUAUUGAGUACUUUGCUUCUUGGUCAAUCAUAUAAAAUUAAAAGAAAAUAAAUUGAAGAUUGUCUCUUUACUGUGAAAUUGAAAAUGGAAGGAAAAAUAAGGGUAUAUUUCAAUUCAUUUUUGCAAGGUACUGUAACCAUCCACACACAUUACAAUUAAUGAUAUAAGCCUUUACCAGUAUGUCAUUACUACAAAUUUGCAAAAGUCAAGAAACUACUGUUAUGGCUUUAAAUGUUAGAAAUGUUUGUAGCUAAUUAAACUUCCCUUAUCCCAUUAUUUAUAACAGAUGUGCAAGUUCUGCAGGAUUUUGUCAGAAAAAAAGUCCAGUAACUUAUUGCUAAGACUGUGUGCUCAGCUGGUUUUCCAAAUGCUUGCAACAGUGAUCAAGUGUUCUGGCCCGGCCCUGUUUGUUCUGCUACAAAAUAUGCUAUAUGUGAAAUAUACAUUCAAAUCUGUAAUAUAUUAAACUGAGAUAAUGUGAUAUUGUUUUGAGUUAUGUAAAAUUCAUAUUUGUAUGCUUAAGUAGCAUAGAUGCAAAUUUCUUCAUGUUUGAUGAAUAUUAUCUUUGUGGUAUUUAUAUGAGUUUAUGUUUUUUUUUUUUUUUACUCUGUAACUGUAAAGUUU